AUGACGUCGACUGUUAAUGAAAACGAUCAGCCAAUGUGGAAUAAUUUUAAUCUAUUUGCUUCCACAACGGAUAGUGUAACGGAAGAAACAAUUAAGUUUCAAGGAACAAUUCCUGAAUGGUUAAAAGGUACUCUUUAUCGUAAUGGUCCAGGAGCAAAUGAAGUCAAUAAUGAUUUAACAACAUCGGUUUAUCAUGCAUUCGAUGGUUUUGCUUAUAUUCAAAAAUAUAAUAUUGAUGGACCAUCGCAAACAGUUCGUUUUCGUGGUUCAUUUAUUAAAUCACGUGCAUACACUGAAGCAUUAAAACAUGGCCAUUUAACUGUACGACAAUUUGGUACAGAUCCAUGCAAAUCAAUUUUUGGUCGAUUUCAAUCGCUUUUUAUGCGACGUGACCCAAGUACAUUUUCUGAUGAUACAGGUGUUACCGUUCAACUCGUGCAGAAUGAAUUAUUAGCACUUACAGAAACAAUAGGAGGCAGCGUCAUGGAUCCUGACACAUUGGAAUUUUUAGGUCCACUGAGAGCUCUUCCUUAUGAUCAAAAAGUCGAUUCGGAACUCUUCACACUGACGACAGCUCAUGUAAUGCAUGAUGACAAACGCCAAAUGACAGUUGGCUACGGCGGAAGAAUUUCACGUAAAGAACAUUGGCUGGAUGUUAUCUUCAUAUCGGAUGAGCCAUCAAAGACAGAUAAAAUAGAAGAUGGUGAUAUAGAUGAGCAGUUGUCUCUCAAAGAUCAUUUUAUUCAUAUUACAAGAAAUAUGAAUGAACGUUGCAAAGAUUAUAAUCAACGUAUUAAAUCAAGUGCAAAAAUGUUUCGUUUUCCGUAUGAAAAUCCAUGUUAUAUGCAUUCGGCAUCUAUUAGUGAAGAUUAUUUGAUUUUUACAGAAAUUCCAUUGCAUUUUAAUACAUUCAAUGCCAUUUGGAAUAGUAUUAGCGGUGGAACAAUAAUCGAUAUGUUUAAAUGGCAUGGUCAAACAAAGCCAACUUACUUUCGUAUUAUUAGUUUAGAUACUGGUGAACAAAUAGCACGUAUUCCUGGUCCAGCAUUUUUUAUGUUUCAUCAUAUUAAUUCGUACCAAAGCAAAGAUAAUAAAAAGAAAAUUACUGUUGAUAUUUGUGGCUUUGAUGAUCCUCGAAUUAUUAAUGAGCUUUAUUUAGACAAACUACGUGAAAAUAUAUUUCCUUCAGGUGCUGGUUAUCUUAGAAGAUUUGAAUUAGAUUUAGACGCCAAUACAUGUAUUGAAUCAAACGCGAAUGCAAGAGAACCCAAAGGAAUUCACCGUGAGAGUUAUGCCAAUAGUCUUGUGCCAGUUCAAUUUGAAUUACCGCGUAUCAAUCCAAUCUUUAUUACUAAACCGUAUCGAUAUAUAUAUGCUGUACGUGCACCACCUGGUCGAUUGUUUGAUGGAUUAAUUAAAUUAGAUGCUGAAUCAAAACAGCAGGUAGCUGUAUGGGAAGAACCAUGUUCAUCGCCAAGUGAACCUAUUUUUGUUCCGCGACCUGAUGCAAAUUCUGAUCAAGAAGAUGAUGGAGUUGUUUUAUCGAUCAUUUUAGAACAACACGCAAAACGAUCAUUUAUACUUGUGCUUGAUGGCAUCACAUUUAAAGAACUUGCUCGUGCUUAUCUUCCUAUUCAUAUUCCUUUAUCGUUUCAUGGUAAUUUUUAUUAA